CUGCGCCGGAGGAGGCUGGGGAUGCUGUGAUUGGUCCCUUCUCCCCGCAGAGACGGCAGCGCGGUUCCCGUCCGGGCCGGCGUCAUGGCAGCGAGAAACUGCGGCGUUCCGCUGGACUUGGGCUGGAUUUCCAGAGUUCGUGUGAAUCAACCUGCUGUACUAAGGCGUGCUGAACAAAUUCAGACACGGAGGAGUUUGUCCAAGGAGUGGCAAGCUGCAUGGCUCUUGAAGGCUGUCACCUGUAUUGACCUCACCACACUGUCCGGUGAUGACACACCUUCAAAUGUCCAGAGACUCUGCUAUAAAGCUAAGCACCCCAUCAGGGAAGACCUGCUGAAGAGUCUGAGGAUGGAUGACAAAGGUAUUACUGCUGGUGCGGUGUGUGUUUAUCCAUCUCGGGUGGCUGAUGCUGUGCAAGCACUGAGGACUAUACAGUGCAAUAUUCCUGUUGCCUCAGUGGCAACUGGUUUUCCCGCUGGACAGACACCACUGUCUGUGCGCUUGCAGGAGAUAAAGCUAGCAAUUCAAGACGGUGCUACAGAAAUUGAUAUUGUAAUUAACAGAACUUUGGUGCUGAAAGGCCAAUGGGAAGAAUUGUACAAGGAAAUUCAAGAAUGCCGCAAUGCUUGUGAAAAUGCACACAUGAAAACCAUACUAGGAACAGGAGAACUGGGGUCAUUGACAAAUGUCUACAAAGCAAGUCUUGUGGCCAUGAUGGCAGGUUCUGAUUUUAUAAAAACCUCUACUGGAAAAGAAGGGAUAAAUGCCACAUUCCCUGUUGCCCUGGUGAUGGUAAGGGCCAUCAAAGACUAUUACAGGAAGACCGGUUACAAGGUUGGGUUCAAGCCAGCAGGGGGUAUUCGCACAGCGAAGGACUCACUGUCCUGGCUGAUACUGAUCAAAGAAGAGCUGGGACACAGCUGGCUAAAUCCAGAUUUCUUCCGAUUGGGAGCCAGUUCUUUACUGUCUGACAUCGAAAGACAGAUCUAUCAUCAUGUGACAGGAAGGUAUGCAGCAGCUCAUGAAUUGCCAAUGGCUUAAAAGAACAUGUAUUACUGCCAGUCAGAAAAUGGUCCUGGAUUCUCAUUCCCUGAAUUAUUCCUUCAUUUCUGAAUCUUUCUUAUGCUGGAGCUUUGAAAACACUUCUGUUGCAAUUAAAAGAAAGCUGUUUUCCAUGCCAAUUUUUCACAUGGCCGUGUUCUGAACAAAUCUGCCUGGAGUGCUAAAUUGUGUAUAUUUAAUGUAAUUUGAUGGAAUGAGGUUUAGGAAAUUCACAUUUUGUUAAUUUAUAACUGAGUGUUUUCUGAAAAGUUUAAAUUCUUGUUGAGGUAGUGAAAGGUUUGUCUCUAAAUUUAAGUGCUAUAUGUGACAGAUCAUUCUGUUAAAUAUAGUUUUAUUUGAUCACUACACACUGUAGUGAUCUCUGCAGCAGGAGGUCCUUGCUCUUGGGACACUGGGUUAGUGAAGUGGUGUUGCAACAUGAAUUCUGAUCCCAUUUCCGCCAGGGAAGGUCCUCUGCUGAAAUUGCAGGAUCACUGAAUUUGCCUCGUGUCUCAGUCCUUCACUCAAUUUGGAGGCGAAUUUGCCAAGUAGGUGUACAUCUCUAUUAGGAGACAUCCUGGGCCCUACAAUAGGCUUCUGCACUAUAAAUCACAUAUCAUAUAAGUAACUAAUAUCAAGAAAUGUUAAUAAUUUUUUCAAAGUUUAAUAAAAAUGAAAAGUGUUUAAAUAUA